AUGAAACUCGCAGUUGCUGUAUUGUCAUCAAUCUUGCUUGCCUUCUCGGUCACUACAGCCAGCCCAGUUAAACCCAGUAAGACUACAAGCACCGAGUCUAGAAUCUUGCCAAUUCCUAGUCCAAGCGGUAUAGGCCUAGAUAAUCUUGAUUCACUUCCAGAUAGCGUCAAGUAUUUGCUCAACAAAUACGCAGAGAUACAGAAUAAUCGUGAUCGGCAAAGCAAAAAAUAUGGCCCGUUAGAAGCUCGAUGUGACAGUCAAUAUGAAGUGGUAAUGGGCUGCAAAAAAAAGCUUGAAACUCUGAAAAAGAAACCUCGAGGAAAAGGUGACAGUUCAAAACACAAUGACAAAAUUCGAAAGGCUGAGCUUAAUCUUGAAAAACAAAGAUCUAAACUUGCCAAAUUUCGAAAAGAAUUUGAGGAGUGCCAGUCCGAGAUUGGUUAUCUUGUAGAAAGAAAAUGGGAAACCGAUAAACAGAUUGCGAGUCUCGUUUUCGGAACCCCUAUGGAUGUUGUAACAAUUAUCCGCCAAGCUUAUCUUAUCAAAGAAAUGCCUUCCGUUAAAGAUUACCUUGAACGACAAUCAUCAAAAAACAAGGAUCUUGACCGAAAAUCUGGUGGUCGACGAAAACAUCGAAAAUCUGGUGAUCAACGAAAACACAAAGAUUUGGAAACAUCAUCAGAUGAAGAAUCUGGACCUGGAUCCUCUAAACAGAAAGUGCCCCCCAAUAAACGGAAAGGGUUUUCCAAGCCUAUGAAUGGAUUGAAAUCACUCUUUCAGCGACCCAAACGUGAGGAUCGCGAACCAUUGAUUUGA